AUGUCGAACCCAAUAACAUCUGCUUCAUCAUCUUCCACGACCGGUGGUGGGAUACGAGUAAGAACUCCGGGAAUACCUAUUAAGUGUUGGUGCGGGGAGUGCAUCAAGGAGCUCAUCUCCAAAACCAAUCUAAAUCCAUAUCGCCGGUAUUAUCGGUGUCGCUAUGCGGCUCAAAAGAAGCUUGAGAACGACAAUCACAUCUUCAAAUGGGUUGAUGAAGCUUUCACUGAUGAGAUACAACAAUUGGACUACCAAGUUCGAAUGCUAGAAGAAGAAGUUCAAUUGUACCUUUUUUUGAAUAAAAUGUUAUACCUUGAGAACGACCAUCACAUCUUCAAAUGGGUUGAUGAAGCUUUCACUGAUGAGAUACAACAGUUGGACUACCAAGUUUGA